CCCCUUCCUGAACGCGGCCCGUAGCACAAGGGAUGUCACGGUUCGACUUACCCCUUGUGGAUCCCACGCGAGAUAGUCACAGCGCGUCAUCGCCAAUUUCAUUGCUUGAUCAGAACCUCCAUCGUCGACACCAGCAGUAGCGCCCCUUCGCCGGCGCUCGCCAAACCCCAACUCUUCCCCCUCACCUAUUUUAUGCGCCAUAGCCCUAACCAGAGAACCAGACAAGAGACCACCAAACACCCGCUUACUGCUUCGCACCCCGAGAACCAGCAUGGACACCGGCAAGUUGUCGAUGGCGGUCGCAGGAUCAGUCUUCUGUGCGACCUCCCGCCCGAGUCGCGCACGCAUAUCACGGCGUACCUCGAUCCCCCAUCGCUCGAUGCGCUCAGCCAGACGUGCAGGCUCCUGCGCGCCCACGUAGCGGACGAGAGUACGUGGUAUCACGCCUUCCUCUGCCAGUUCCUCGGCGUGGGUCCCGAGGCGAGCCUCAGCGAUGAGACGGCGCUGCUCCUGCGGCGCCAGCAGAAGAGCUGGCGACUCGAGUUUGCCUAUCGGCACAAGAUGCGGGGACGCUGGCAGCGCUCGCGGAAUACCACCGUCGUGCACUCGCCGGUGCAUUCCUACGUGAACGAGAUACAUCCCCUCGCCAACGGAGGCCUCCUGACGUGCUCUCUGCGCUACGGGAUCGUCGCCCGAUCGCACCCGCUAACAGGCAAGGUCGUCAAGGGCUUUCUCGGCGCCUCAGGCGGCGGCGCGGGGCUAGGGAUCGGCAACCCUAACCUCGAGUUUGCGCCCGAUGCGACGGCAUGCGCGCUCACCUCCGAGGGCGCCACAGCGAGAGUCGCCUGGGGUUACCGCAAUGGCCAGCUGGCGAUCGUCGUCGCGAAGAAGGCGAUGGAAGGGAAGGUCGCGGCCGACUUCUCGCUAUGCCGCGUCGACGACUUUCACGAAGGCGCCGUCGUCGAUGUCGUUUGGGAGCAGGAUAUGGUCGUGUCCGCGGCCGACGACGGCAGAGUGAAGGUCUGGCAGAAGCGACAUGCUGUCCAGUGCCUGUGGACGUCGCCGAAGGACGAGCGCGCGAUUGUGCUCAUCAAAUGCGCGAAGGUCGUUUCGGCGCUGGCGAGGGGCUUCAUUGCCUGUGUUAUGGAGAAUGGUGAUAUCCUAAUCUGGCGCGGCUUCGUACUGGGCGACGCGCAGGACGCAGGGACCCCAAGGGUGGAAGCGGAGAACGUCGAGGUCGUCCGCGUGCCCUGUCCGUUGCCCAAGCCAUCCUCGGAGAACCUUGUGGAUGCGCUGCCGGAGGUCCUCGCUUUCCACGCCGACAAGGCGGCGCCCGAGCACACGGUGCUAGUCGCCUAUCGUCAACAGCCGCUCUUCUAUCGCAUCGCUGUCGUCGGUCUCACCGACAUUCGCAUAACGACCUUCGGCGACCCAGCGUUCCGCCUCACGAGCGUCACGCCCUUCUUCACCGCCGAACCCACCGAGCACUCCUUCGUCCUCGCCGGCGACCACCUAGGCACUGUUGCUAUUUACGACUGGAGCAAGGCUGGCAAUGUCGCCUGGAAUGUUACAUCGGCAAGCGCCGCGACUACUAGCAACUCGUCAACGCUCAUCAUGAGCGAUUCGCCAUACUCUACCAUCAUCUCUCCCCUCCGCAAAUUCGACGCGCACGACUCCGCAGUCACGGCCAUCGCGUCUAACGGCAUUGUCAUCGCCACUGGCUCCGCGCGCGGGGCGAUCCACGCCUAUGAUGCGCUCACCCUCGAGCGCGUGCGCACGUUCGACGCGCUGGAGACGCGGAGCGCGAGCGGAUUUGCGAGCCCGUUGUCGGCGGUGUCGGCGUUCGCCUUCUCGAGUGGGCAGGUGAUAGCGAAGGACAAGGAAAAGAACAGCGACAAGAACAGCAGGGAGAUGCUCCUCGCCACCGUUGGAGAUGAGGUCCUGGCGUGGCAGCUGGGGAAGGUGCCGAAAUCACAGCGCCAUGUCAUGGUCGGCGCGAAGGGCAAGGGCCGAGCGUGGAGGGAGAGGGUGCAGUACGAACGUGAGUGGGCUAGCUUAUUCCGUCUGGGAAGGUUAAAGCGCUAACAUGACCCAUAGAGAAAAUCGAGAUCAAGGAGGGGAUGGCAUCGGCCUGGGACGCACGCGGAUCCGCGAGAGAUGCGUCUGGAUCCAAGAACGCUGUGCCUAAGCAGGCGCGUGUGCAGCAG